UUCACGAUCCCUGGAAAUAUUCAAAAGCACCAACACUUCUUGUUACCUGAUGCCCUUCCCUGGCAAGGCGUUGGUGAUGGGAACUGAAGGCACCAUAGCAGAUAUGGAUGACGAUUUUAGGGGAUUCCUGAAGGAUUAUGGGAAUCAUAUUGCCAGAUCAGCUGGAAUGCAUGUACAGAGAAAUCAGAACAACGAGCCUCUCACCGGGAUAGAACUUGCUGAUAAGAUAAAGGCUUUGUCAGAACUCAUGAAACAAUAUCACACUGGUUUUUCCUCACCCACAGAGAUGAUCUAUACCUUCAACCAGAACAACAAUAAAAUGUUCCAGAUGAAAUUUAAAAAGUUCAUCCAAAAGCAGGAUGAAAUCUCACGUUCAAUGUUGGGAAGCCUACGUGUGUCCCCAAAUUCGAUGACUAAGCGCUUAAAGGAGAAGCAAGAGAAACUGCUCCAACAGUUCCGAGACUCAUUUCAGGGUGAUGAGCCACAUCAGACAGAAUUUUUAACUUGCCUGGACUCAUACCAGAAGUGUGAAGCUAAAGAUUUCUUGGAAGAUUAUAGACGCCGCUUCAAAUCCUCUGCUAUCAAAGCCGGAGUAGCCAUUGGGGUGGGUGCUGUGGGGUUAGCUGGUGGAGCUGUUGGAGCUGGUAUAGCAGCAGCCUUGUUGGCAGGGGAAGCCAUUGUGCUGGGCACUGGUGCUACUUUUGCAAUUGGGACUGUGGCUGGGGCAAGCACAUUUGGACUGAUUGGGGGAGGAGUGGGAGCUGGUGUGGGGAGCUGCAUGUGGGAUUCUAAAGACAAUGAUAACAAGAAUGAUAAUGAUGAUGAGACAGAAGAAGAACAGGAGGAGGAAAAUGUGUCAGAUGAGAAAAGUCUUAUUAACUGAUGAGGUUCAUCUUAAGAAUUAAAGCCCCACACGUCCUUCAUUAAAGAACAAAUACCUGCUAUAAAGACAUAAAUCCCAAGA